AAAAAAAUUCAAAAAAAAUUUCAAAAAAAAAUUUAUAAAAAUUUCGAAUCUGAAAACAUAUAAUCUGAAACUAUAAAAAUAAUUUAUUUUUUUUUCUUUUUUUAUUUUUAUUUUAUUUAUUUUUAUUUAUUUUUAUGUAUUUAUUUAAUUUUAAAUCAAGGGUAUUAGAGAUAUUUUACCCUUUAAUGAAUGUUAUUUUUGUGAGUUUCUCCUUCUAGUGCUAUUUUUGAGACAGAAACUUCAAAAAGUGCUAUUAUUGCAAUUGCCCUUAAAACAAACAUAUUUAUCAUUUAUCUUUUUAUUUUAUUUUGAUACUUUUUUGGUGUAAAUAUAUUUCGGGAGAUAUUUGGAUUUUUUAUUUAUUUAUUAAGGGGAUGAUUUGACGUUGACGAAUGCGUCGAGUGUCAUGCGCCUGGUUUUGAUUGACGAACAUCAGAGUUCUCAAUUUUUUUUAAAUUUUAUUGGAUACGAAGAGGAAAUCGCGAGCUUAACUUCAAGUUCUGGAAGCUUUUUAUUUUGAUACCAAGCGUUGAACCAGUUAAUCGGAGAUUAAACGUGAAUUAAUUGUGGGGAGUUUUUGAAAUUUUUUUUAUAGGUUUAAGGUUAAUUACUAAAAAGAGUUAGUCUGGUUAGCCAGAAUUUAGUUAGUGCAGUGGCUGUUCCAAUCUCUCACUCUUUACUUUACCCGGGCACGAACGUCAAAUUUGUUAUACUUAUUAUUAUUAUUUUUUUUGUAAAAGGUUUAAAGAAGGGUGAAAGAGUCAUUUUGUAUUCAUUUCUAUCUCCUCCAAAACCCUAAAACCCUCCACAAAAUCUCAUUUCUAAAGAUAUAUCUAAACAAAAGUAGCAUCAGAUUUUUCUGAUACAGAAGGUGAAGAUCAGAGCGAGUCGAUCCGAAAUCGCGGCGGUCCUCUUACCGGCGCAGUCGUAUCUCCCCCGUGUUUGAACAGGGGCAGUUCGUGUCUACCUUACAUGUGAUGAAUGCAGAGAAAAUGGAUGAGAGGAGAAGAACAAGUAGAAAGAAAUCCUCCGUGGCGGCGGCGGUGAGGGCGAAGAUUCCUCGCUCUGCUCUUCGGAAGAUCAAUUGUCAAAAGCUGUUGACCUCACAGUACAUUUUGGCUAAGGUUUUUAGAAAAGACGGCCCCUCACUUGGUUUUCAAUUUGACCAUCUUCCUCCUUCAUCAUCAUCUCUUGAUCAACAGAGAGUGGGGAGAAAGAGAAAGGUUUCCGAGAAGCACACUAGUCAAGAUGAUUGCGUUGUUGUAAAGAAGAAACAAUAUGGUAUUGGCAAGGGUUUGAUGACAGCGUGGCGUGUUAUGAAUCCAAAUAGCCACGAAAGAGCAACCUUAGCUCAAAGCAAUCCCAAGAAGACCAAAACACAAUUAGCAUCUAUACUGAAGCAGAAGCAGAAGAAGAAGAAGAAGCCGACGGAAAAGAAGAGGAAUUCUAUAAAUACAGAGACCACCGAAGAAUUAAACAAAGAUGAGACGGUGGGAUUUAGUGAGAAAUGUGAGCUCGGGGAGGUAUUUAAAGAAACCUGUCAAACAAUGUCGAUACUAGUUGAUGACGAGGAAUUGGAGAGACAGGAAGGGCUAGUGAAUCCUCCGUUAACUUGUUCAUGCCAUACUGCUACUAGUGGAUCUUGUUUUCUAUGCAAAGAUUUAUUGCCCAAGUUUCCCCCAAGUUCUGUUGGCAUGAGGCUGCCUUUUGCUUUGCAUCCAUGGAAUUCUUCUCCAGAGUCUGUCAAGAAACUUUUUAAGGUUGUCCAUUUCCUGUAUACUUAUUCAGUAACUCUUGAUAUAUGUCCCUUCACUAUCGACGAGUUCACACGGGCAUUUCAUGAUAAGGACUCCUUGCUCCUUGGUAAAAUUCAUCUUUCCCUGCUGAAGUUGCUUCUGCUUGAUGUUGAAACCGAGCUGCAAAGGGGAUCUUUUUCAACCUUGAGUAUAUCAUGCAAGUUUCUAGCCCUGCUGCAGUCGGUGGAGAGCCAAAUUCUUAUUCUUGAUAUGUGGAAGGAUUCAUUAAAUUCUCUUACAUGGGCGGAGAUAUUGCGUCAGAUAUUGGUUGCAGCUGGUUUUGGUUCUGUAAAGCGGGCUGCUGGUCAAUCAGAGGAACUAAGUAAGGAAAGGAGACUCAUGAAAAAGUAUGGCCUCCGUCUUGGAACAUUAAAGGGUGAAUUAUUUAGAAUGCUUAACGAGCAAGGAGGCAAAAAUGGCUUGAAAAUAUCCGAGUUAGCAAAUGCAGCAGUAGAGGUUGCUGCGCUGAAUCUUGCAACUGCAUCAGAAGAAGAACGAGAGCGUUCAAUAUGUUCAACGCUGGCAAGUGAUAUUACACUUUUCGAAAAAAUAUCUGAAUCUACAUAUCGUGCACGUGUUAAUUGUUUCUCUGAGGACCAUGAGUCUGAUUCGGGCGAGUCUGGAAGUGUUGAUGAUGAUGAAUCUGGUGAUGAGUUGGGGCGUGUUUCAGAAAGUUUUGUAUUUCGAAAAGCCAAGUGUAGGAAAAGGCGGAAGCAGGUGUUGGAAGUAUGCAGUGAGAUUGAUGAAAGCCAUCCUGGAGAAGCAUGGUUGUUGGGGCUAAUGGAGGGGGAAUAUUCAGACUUAAGCAUUGAAGAGAAGUUAGAUGUUUUCAUCGCUUUGAUUGAUCUUCUUAGUUCUGGUUCCACUAUUAGAAUGGAGGAUUUACCCAGAGCUAUGGUUGACUGUGCCCCUAGUAUCUAUAGUCAUGGUUCUGGUGGAAAAAUCAAGAGAGCAUCAUCCUCUAAUCAUCCACGCGUAUCAUGGGUCCAUGGAGGAGAGCGAAUCGAAAAGCUAUCUAAACCGUCUGAUUCUCAUCCAGUUGAUUCAUCAUCAAUUGUGGGGGCUGAUUUUGCAAAGCUCGCUGGAGACAAUGUUCACCCUAUGCAAUCUGUAUACCUUGGUUCUGACCGUAGGUUCAACAGGUACUGGCUUUUCUUAGGCCCAUGCAACGCGAAUGACCCUGGUCAUAGGUGUGUCUACUUUGAAUCUUCUGAAGAUGGUCACUGGGAAGUUAUCAGCCACAAGGAGGCUUUGCGGGCACUGUUGUCAGUGUUGGACGAUAGGGGUAGACGGGAAGCUCGGCUUAUUGAGUCAUUGGAGAAACGAGAAAGUUUUCUCUGUCAAGCCAUGUUAAGAAGAAUUGACCAUGUAGUCAGAGAGGACAGUUCUUCUUCACCGGUUUCUGAUAUAGACAACAACAACCUAUGUCUCAAUGAGAUUGCCAAUGAUCAACAAGCAGCUAUAGUAUUUGAGAAGCGGGGCAACAGCCUAUUAUGGAGCCUUGUUCAGGAGUUUGAUGAAUGGAUAUGGGAUAAAUAUUAUCUUAAUCUCAAUGUUGUUAAACACAGCCGAAGAUCCUACCUUGAUUCGCUUACUAGGUGUAAGAGUUGUCAUGAUUUGUAUUGGAGAGAUGAGAAGCACUGCAAGAUUUGCCAUGCUACCUUUGAGCUUGAUAUAGAUCUUGAAGAAAGAUAUGCGAUUCAUGAAGCCACAUGCAGCAGGAAGAAUGAAGAGAGUAGUGAUUCAUUUCCAGAUCACAAAGUUCGUUCUUCCCAGUUGCAAUCACUAAAGGCUGCAGUGUAUGCCAUUGAGUCUGCAAUGCCCGAAGAUGCCUUGAUUGGUGCAUGGAAAAAGUCAGCUCAUAGGUUAUGGGCAAAAAGGCUUCGACGAAGCUCAACGUUGUCUGAAAUUACGCAGGUGAUUGGGGACUUUGUUGGAGCAAUCAAUGAAGAUUGGUUAUGGCACUUUGGUGAGGAGGAGGAGGGAGAAAUUAUAACUAGCUUCCCUUCUAUGCCUCGAACAACUUCUGCGAUUGCUCUCUGGUUGGUAAAACUGGAUACCUUGAUUGCUUCUUAUGUGGUGGAAAAAGCUCCUCAACCUGAAGGGAAUCAAUUGAACAGGACCAGAAAAUACAAGUAGGUGAACGUAUAAGCAGUAGUUGUAGCUCUCAUCACGGAAGGGGAUACGUAGGAGGAAAAUUUUGUACAGAGAAGAGAUGUUUUGUUCCUGCAUUAAGUGACUUUUUGAUAAAAUAUAUGUAUAUAGACAUUUUAGGAAGUCAUUCGGUUUUAAAUUGUUCUGGUUUCCUAUGAUUCCUAAAAUCGUUUUUUCAUUGUAUGGUAAAAACGUAGUUUUAUGUCCUGGUGAACAUUUUGGGGUUUGUUUUCUGUAAAAUAAAACGAUCACCAUUGUGUUUAUGUGGUGAUCGAACAAUAUAUCUAGCGUUUGACUCGUACAAAUGUUUUUUAUUAUUAUGUGUAUUUGGUUGUGUCAAAAUGAGCAAAUAUAUUAUUCAGAA